ACGAAACAUGUUGUGUUCGUGUCCCGGACGACCCGAUAAGUAAUACAUGAAAAAUGUUUCCUGAUAACUUUCGUACGCAUGUUCGUUCCUAAGGACCCCGCAUACGAUCAGAUUAACUGUGCAGUUUAUUUGUGUAAAUAACCGACUAUAAAUUGUACAGUUAUCUGAACUGAAAGUGUGUAGACUACUCGAAAAUGUUUUCUCAGUUAUAUCCACAGUUCUCUCAGUUUUCCAGUCCAGUAUAAUACGGAAAUCGUUCGGCUAGUGUACAGUUCGUGUUUCUAUGAUGGGUGACCGAAAAUGAAAAGCGGCCGUGCGUUGUUUGGUAGCAGAUUUUUUUUAUGAAAGACGAGACAAGACUGUGUGAACCGUGUGACUGUCUGAGCUAACAGCACGAUUUAUCGUUACAAAGUAGAACUUAUUACACGGGUCAAAAACCUGAGUGAAAAUCUUUCAAAACAGCGCAGUUACCUCAGUUAACCGCUCAGACAUGACGUCACGCAUGAUAAACUGCACGGUUAAACUGAUCGUGUGUGGGGCCCGCCCUUAAGUCCGUACGGAGUGGAAACAUCGAGUAGGAAUCGCGCGGUUACGCGGCCGCGGUUCUCAAAAUGACCCAGUCUUGUAUAUGAUAACGGAGGUCCGCGCUGAAUUCCCGCGACGCGCCGAGAUUAAAAUAUUACGUGAAACCGUACGUCGCAAUAAGGAGUGGCGGCGGCGACCAAUGGGCGGAGGUUCGCGCAACCGUGACGGUAUUUGUCCGAGACGGUAGACGGCGGCGAGUGUAAUCAUUUCCGCCGUAACACUCGUCGUCAACGCUCGCGUGUCCGUGACAAGUCUUCGAGAACAUAGCCGAAACCAUCGCAGCAGUCAAAUUCGUUACGAUUUAUCGUAUUAUUGUAACGACCGUCACCGAACGAACAGGACAAAGAUAUGGUCGACCGAACGGGAGGUAUAGGUGGUGGUAUGGACUGCGAAACCAGUAAUUUGGUUGGUCAGAGCAGCGAAAUCAGUGACAGUGGUUGCAGUAGUAGCUCCUCCAUUUUCAAUGAACUUGAGUUUGCGAUGUCCACUUCGAUCACAAAACCAGCUGCGACGUCACUACCACGAUUGAGAGUACUAUCGCUAUUCGACGGAAUCGGCACUGGAAUGUAUGCAUUGUCCGAGUUAAAAUUUGAUAUUGAAGUUUUUUACGCAAGCGAAAUAGAUGAAGAUGCAAUAAAGUUGACCAAACAUCAUUUCGGAGACCGUAUAACGCACCUGGGAUCGGUCACAGAAAUUAACGAAGACGUAUUGGAUAAAAUUGGACCUAUCAAUUUCCUUAUUGGUGGUUCGCCGUGUUCAGAUCUGUCCUGUGUCAAUCCUCUUAGAAAAGGAUUAUACGAUCCUACUGGAACCGGUAUUUUAUUUUUCGAUUACUACAAUAUUUGGAAUUAUCUGAAGAUUAAAAGUAAUAAAGAAAAAACACCGUUUUAUUGGAUAUUUGAAAAUGUUUCGGGCAUGGAAAUAAAAAAUAAAAAUAUUAUUUCGAAAUUUUUAAACAGCGAACCAUACGUCAUUGAUUCGCUACAUUUGAGUCCUCAGCGACGUAAGCGAUUUUUCUGGAACAAUUUACCGGGCAUUGAUAAUUUGGUUGAUAAACUACUACAUGAGACAAGAAAAAAGGAGCCUGUGUUAGACGAUUAUUUGACUAAAAAUUUGGGUCGUACAGCUAACGUUGACAAAAUUGGGACCAUUACAACUAAAAGAAACUGUUUGAAUGACGGUAGUUCAAAAGAUCCGGUGAGUCAAGAUGGUAUAAAAACUAAGUUAUACAUUACAGAACUUGAAUUAAUUUUUGGGUUUACUUCCCAUUACACUGAUGUCUGUGAUUUUAAUAUAAGCAAGCGGCAAAAGUUAUUAGGAAAAGCUUGGAGUGUUCCAGUUGUGAAAAAUAUUUUUCUUCUCUUACGUGACAUAUUUGCGAUGAAGGAUGAUGGAAUUGUUCAGUGAUGAUUUUUUUAAAUUACUUUUAACAUUCUUAUUAUUCAACAAAAGUUUUUACUUAUUGCCAUAACAUUUUAAGAUUUCUAUUAUUUGUAACAAAAUGUAUCUACAAACAUAAUGCUACGUAUUUAUUUAUUUUUUAUU